GAGCAGCCGAUCACAGGUCUCCACCGCUGAAGAAGUUGCAGCACCAAGGGCUUCCAGCCUUGGCCAGUCAUCAGCCCCUGAGGUCACAGCCCACGUGCCCAUGUCUUGCCUCUGCUUGCCUGGGGAUAGAGUCUGUGUUGCCACCAGGCUACCACCCUGGAGGUGAAAGCCAUGCUCUGACCUUGGUGUUCCCUACUGCGCCCCAGACUAGUUUCUCGUCCCACCUGGACGCGAUGUUUGCCAAUUCUUCAGUCAAUGCCUCUUCUACCAACAGUUCUGUGCUCCAGUGCCCUGACUAUCGAGGUACACAUCGUUUGCAUAUGGUGGUCUACAGCCUGGUGUUGGCGACUGGUCUCCCUCUCAACGCUCUGGCUCUCUGGGUCUUCCUGCGUGUACUGCGCGUACACUCGGUGGUGAGCGUGUACAUGUGCAACCUGGCAGCCAGCGACUUGCUCUUCACCCUGUCACUUCCCCUGCGCCUCUCCUACUAUGCACGGCACCACUGGCCCUUUCCAGGCUUCCUGUGCCAGACGUCGGGCGCCAUCUUCCAGAUGAACAUGUACGGCAGCUGUCUCUUUCUGAUGCUCAUCAAUGUGGACCGCUAUGCGGCCAUCGUGCACCCGCUGAGACUGCGCCACCUACGGCGGCCCCUGGUGGCACGGCGGCUCUGCCUGGGCGUGUGGGCUCUCAUCCUGCUGUUCGCCGUGCCCGCCGCCCGCGUGCACAGCCCGUCCACCUGCAAGUAUGAGAACAUCACCGUGCGCCUGUGCUUCGAGAGCUUCAGCGAUGAACUGUGGAAGAGCAGGCUGCUGCCGCUCCUGCUGCUGGCCGAGAUACUGGGCUUUCUGCUGCCCCUGGCGGCUGUCGUCUAUUCGUCGGGCAGGGUCUUCUGGACACUGGCAAAGCCCGACGCCACUCAGAGCCAGCGGCGACGGAAGACCGUGCGCCUCCUGCUGGCCAACCUCAUCAUCUUCCUGCUGUGCUUCGUGCCCUACAACUCCACGCUGGCGGUAUAUGGGUUGCUACGGGCCAACCUGGUGGAGAACAGCUUUCAGGACCGUGAUCAGGUGCGCGGGGUGCUGAUGAUAAUGGUGCUGCUGGCCAGCGCCAACUGCGUGCUGGAUCCGCUGGUUUACUACUUCAGUGCCGAGGGUUUCCGUAACACCCUUCGCAACCUGGGCGCCCCGCUCCAUACCAGGCCUUUGGCUACCAAUGGGGCUAGAGGUAUGCUCACCGAACUACCCUCAGAAAGCACCCAAAACACUGGGCAGGAUGCCACAAGUCAGGUUCUACUCCAGCCUGCCACUCUGGGUACACCCCCGGACAAAUGCCCCCAGGAUUCGGCUCUCUGAGAGGACGCAGUCUUAGUGUCUACCUAGAUUUAGGUCAUCAUCCUGAG